UAUCGGUCUGCAGUGCUAACAGUUUGGCAGAUGGGACACUCUUUUUCUUCAGAGUUUGCAGCUUUGUUGUUUUUUUUUUUAAACUGUGGGCAGUGCCUCUCCUGCUGUUGUGGUGUCUGGUCCUCUGCUGAACUCGCUGUUCAUUGAGAGGCUGACAUGGCCCACCGUCUGCGGCUCUACUUCGGCUCUGGGCGCAGCAACACAGCCCCCGAGAUGGAAGGAUUGGGCGGAGCACCGGAAGAGGGCUAUGCCAUGACAUUCCACACUCUGCCCCGGAGGAGUGGCCCUCCCCCUUUUCCUGAUCCAGGGCCUCCCCUGCUGGAUGAAGCAUCCCUGAAACGCAGCUCCUCAAUGUUCAUCCCCCAGCUCCUGAACCAGGUUGAGCCUCGGCCCACAAGGAGUUCCUCCAUGCAGAUCUCCCUGCAGCGCAAUGCUGGCAGUGGGGAAGACGGAGAGACCUUGGAUUCUCCUCAAGAGACCUUUCUGGGCCCAGCACCGGCCUACGAGGAGCCUACAAGAAAAUAUUCCUGGCCUUCAGGCAAUGCUCAGAACAAGGGUGCUUUGCCUAGGAAUCUACCUAUGGGCACUGUACAACUAGCUAGCGAGCCUGAAUCACAGAACCACAGGGUUUUUUGUGUGGUGCCUUCAGACCGCCAAACUGGCCGCACAACUCCAGAGGUGACAAAUGGGGGGCAGCCUGGAAUAAACAUCGGAGGGGUUCGCAUCCACAGAAACUCCUUGGGGAGUUCAGACAUCCAUCAGUUUCGGAUUCAACCUUAUGGCCCAGAGAAUCAGAAGGCCUCACAACGCUGGUCUCUGCAACCGGACUCCAGUGGUGACACUGGAAAGCGUUGUUUUAUUGUGCAGCUCCAGCAGAAUCAACCUGGGAUUCCUGAGGUGCCGCAUGAGGAGUCUGGGAACCUGGGCUUCACUGGCACAAAGGGAGAGAGGGUGGUAAGAUACCCUAGACUAAGGCUGAAUAGGAGCACUUCAUAUCCAAUCCAGCCCCGGAGCGAGUCACCACGCCACGUUCCUGGAAAUGCCACUGUAAACGGGCAAGAGAUGGACAGCAACAACCCGAUUUCAGAAAGUCUGAGUACUAACUCACAGGAAGGAGCCUCUGCACAAACACAAGGCUGUACCUUCAAAAUUAGACAGGAGCAAAACAAGAGGCAGCCCCAGUUCAGGAUUUCUUUUUCCCGGGGCUCGGAAGAGCAAAGUAAAGCUUCCCCACAGGAUAUAAAUGGUGGAAAUAUACAUGCCAGAAUCAGCCCUCAGACGAGAGAUGACUUCCUGGGACAGGUUGAUGUGCCUCUUAACCAUUUGCCAACAGAGGAUCCCACAAUGGAGCGUCCCUAUACUUUUAAAGACUUCUUGCUUAGACCACGAAGCCACAAGUCCAGGGUGAAGGGAUACCUGCGUUUGAAAAUGGCCUACUUACCAAAAAGUGGGAGUCAGGAAGAAGAAAAUGGGGAACAGAGAGAGGAAGCUGAGGGCUGGGAAGAGUCUGACUCCAGUGAUGUGGGUUCCCAGCGCCAGCAGCAGUUACCCCCACUGCCCCCUGGGUGGGAAGAGAAGAUUGAUAACCUGGGCCGGACAUAUUAUGUCAACCAUAACACCAGGACUACACAGUGGAAAAGGCCAACCGUUGUAGAUUUGGUUUCUGAGAUGGAGAAUGACAACAAUAUCAGACAGAUCAACCAGGAGGCUCAACGGGUGUUUCGCUCCAGAAGACACAUCAGUGAAGACCUGGAGCAUGAGCAAAUUGAAACCAGAGAUAUGGAUGAUUCCUGGGACGCAAUCUCUGAGGAGACCAGUUUUUCAGCAGACCAGUCUGAUCCUCUUCCUGCCUCCCCGCCCAGCGUCCCCCAGACGAGCCCCCAGGAGUUCUCUGAGGAGCUCAGCCGCAGACUUCAGCUCUCUCCCGAUGCUAAUGGAGUGCACCUUGUCCCUGCCGUGCAGAGCCAGCUGGCGUCCAGAAUGCGCUCGUCAAGCAUGACGGACGGGAUUAGCGAACAGGCCCAGCAGCCACCACCGCAGAACACCCAGGAUGGGAGAGCCCGUGCCCAAACUGUCAGUGGCGCUGAAGAGUCAAUGCAAUCGCCCUCCAUGGCCUAUGUCCACACCACGCCUGGUUUACCACCAGGAUGGGAGGAGAGAAAAGACAACAAGGGACGCACCUAUUAUGUCAACCAUAACAACCGUACAACAUCCUGGACCCGUCCUAUUGUGCAGCACACAGAAGACGGGGCCACAGCCUCAACCUCAAACGUCAGCAGCCAUCUAAGCGAGCCUCAGCUAAGACGGCCUCGCAGUCUCAGCUCUCCCACAGUAACCCUGUCGACCCCGCUUGAGGGUACUGCUAACAAUGUCACAGUCCGCCGAGCUGUGAAAGACACAUUCUCCAACCCUCAGUCCCCACAGCCCUCACCUUACAGCUCCCCCAAAAGCAAUCGCAAGACAGGACAGAGCUUCCUGCCACCAGGCUGGGAGAUGAGGAUAGCUCCCAACGGCAAACCCUUCUUCAUUGACCACAACACUAGAGCUACCACUUGGGAAGAUCCACGAUUAAAAUAUCCAGUACAUUUGAGGUCAAAAGCAUCUUUGGACCCAAGUGAUCUUGGCCCCCUUCCUAAACUGCUUGAAGAGCCUGGCUGGGAGGAGAGAGUGCAUGCAGAUGGAAGGACGUUCUACAUUGACCACAAUACAAAAAUCACACAGUGGGAGGACCCAAGGCUGAUGAACCCAGCUAUUACUGGUCCUGCUGUGCCAUAUUCCAGAGAAUUUAAACAGAAAUAUGACUACUUUAGGAAGAAGUUAAAGAAACCUGCAGAUAUCCCAAACAGAUUUGAAAUGAAGCUGCGCAGGAACAACAUAUUCGAGGAGUCCUACAGAAGAAUCAUGUCCUUGAAGAAGCCAGACAAUCUGAAAGCCAGACUGUGGAUUGAGUUUGAGUCAGAGAAGGGUCUGGACUAUGGCGGUGUGGCCAGGGAGUGGUUCUUCCUGCUGUCAAAGGAAAUGUUCAAUCCUUAUUACGGGCUCUUCGAGUACUCGGCAACAGAUAACUAUACCCUUCAGAUCAACCCAAACUCCGGUCUGUGUAACGAAGAUCAUCUUUCCUACUUUAAGUUUAUCGGGCGAGUGGCAGGAAUGGCAGUAUUUCAUGGGAAGCUGCUAGACGGUAGGCCUUGUCAAGUAAAGUGUAACACCAACACGCAUUUUACAUUUCAGGUAUUUUCAAAACUGCAUGAGGGUUAACCUGUUUUUUCAAAAACCUGGUGUUCUGUUUUUUAUCAAAAGUACACGGCAUACAGGUGUCUCCUAUGCCUGUGCAUUUAAAAUCCAACACUACUAAAAGUAAUCAGUCAGUACAAUAGAGUUUCAAAUAAUGUUUACCAGGUCCAUAAAGCCUAAUGUACUGUACACUCCAAGCAUAUAGUUCAGUGAUUGAUUUAUAAUUAAAUUACGUUAAUAAUUAAUGAACAUUUCAAAUUGUGGACAGGUCAGCUGUGACCUGCAAAUGACCUUUAGUUGAAAACCAAAAAAAAAAUUACAUUUUGCACACUUAUUAUCUGUAUGCACAAAACAAUAGUAUUGCAUAAGGUAUGUACAUAGAAUUGACCAUCUAUCAGUUGAAAAUGACAGUUGAGUAGGAUACAUCCUAACAAUCUAGUUAAAACAAAAUCUGAUUGCUCUACCCUUCGCACCAAACACAUGCUGUGUUUUAUCUGCCUAACUGAGUGCUGUGUUACUGCACAAAAAACAAUAAAUACAAAGAUGCAAUUAAAAUAAACUCCACAGGGGGUGCUGUUGUAUCUGAUGUGCAUAUAACAUGGCUAAUUAACUGUGAGCAGCUGUAAGAUGUGUUUCCUCUGUGUGGGUAUUUUUAUUGAGUCAUUGUGUUCCCCAUGGGUUUGUCUGUGCUGUUACCAAAGUUCAUCAAUCUAGAUACGCUGCAGUGUGUGUGUUUUAGUACAAAACAGACAGAGCUGUGGCAUUGGGGAACCUAGUAAUUGCAUGCUAAUUUAUACAAUGGAGCAGUAUUACCCGACACAGUAGGAAAUAGCCAGAGAUUAUGAACCAAUCAGUAAUGGGUCAAAUGCCAAACAAGGCUAUAAUUCUGCUAAUUCCUAUAGGGAAAGAGUAUUGUUGUUAUUAUAAAUCAAAGAAUACACAAUGUGCAUUUUU